CAGUCAAGCAAUCCAUGUGAAACAGUUGAGCCAAAUAUACCCCCAACAACAAUUCUCCCUCUAUCACUGAAAAGUGUCUUAGACCAGGCUCCUUUUAAGUUUACUGUUCUGCUUUGAUCAGCUCCAGUAAAACUUUGAUUUUUUUGGAUAAUUAUAGUUACCUUUAGUCACUUCUACUGAAAAAAGCUGUUUUCUUCCAUUAAAUUAUGUCAAUCUUCUUAUUAGUCUUUAAUAAAGGGAUAACCUGAUUUUUUUGGUUACCAAAUCCCUGGCUCUUUUAUUUUUAUUUUUUUGAGGUGUACCAUUAGUGGGUCUUCUUUUGUACUCUCAAUAAAGCCGUAUAAUUUUUGUUCCUUCAAGUUAUAAAUAUAUACCCAUGUUUUGCUUCAGGGUGUUGUUUCAGUUUUCACUGCUUUGUUUCUCUUAUCUUUUUCUUGCUUUAAUGCUUGGCUAAGAGGCCUGAGAGAGGGAUGGAACUUUUUUGAGAUUGAAUUCCAGCUUUUUUGGAAGUGAAAAAAAAUGGGGUUUCAGUUUCAAUUUAUUCUCCUGCUGGUGACAAUAUGUAUAACUUUGAGUGCCAUGUCAGUUGAUGGAUCAUCAGUAAGAGCUUCAUGGACGCCGCCAAUAGUAAUGCCAGCAGAAGCACCAACCAUUCAUCCUAUCGGGCUAGGUCCACCACCAUCGACGCAACCAGAUCCAGCACCCUCUCUGACACCAACUACUCCCAGCUUUGGCAGGACAAGAAAUGGAAAGUUGGCUGCUGUCCCUUCUAGCAAAGUGUUCCAUCAUUCAUCAUCUUCCAUGGAUCACUCUCCAACUAAAGCCAUCCAUCCGCACCAUGCCUUGAAGCCUUCAAGUAUUUCGGUUGCACCUACUGCACCAUCUUUUGGACCCCCUGCAAAGAGUUGGAUGCAUGGUCCUGCAUCCUUACCUUUGGUCCCGUUUCAUAAGCAUCAUCAUGCAAGGAAACAUUUCAGAAACUCUGCUCCUCGACCCUCCUAUUCAAUUCAUCAACCUGCUUACAGGCAGCAAGUUCCUCCCGUCUCUCCUUCUCAAUAUCCCACUCCCAGCUGGGUUUCACCUGCACCAUCACCUACUGCCACGUCAAACUACUUUCAUAAUAUGCCCAUUCUUCAACCUGCAAUUUCUCCGAUUGCUUCUUCCCUGAAGAAGAUGAAGGCUCCGCCACCAUCCAUCGUUAUGGCACUGCCACCUCCACCUCCUAAUAAAGAUUGUACAUCAGUGGCAUGCAGUGAGCCCUUAACAUAUACACCUCCUGGAUCACCUUGUGGUUGUGUGUGGCCAAUUCAAGUUAAGCUUCAGCUUGGUGUUUCAAUAUACACCUUUUUUCCUUUGGUUUCAGAACUGGCUCAGGAAAUUGCUGCUAGUAUAAGACUAAAUCACAGUCAAGUUAGGAUUAUGGGGGCAAAUGCAGCUAGUCAGGAGCUUGAGAAAAGUACAGUCCUCAUCAACUUGGUACCAUGGGAAGUAAAAUUUGACUAUACAACAGCAUUAUUAAUCUAUAAUAAGUUUUGGAGUAGACAGGUCUUGAUAAAGGCCUCCCUUUUUGGUCCCUAUGAAGUCGGUUAUGUUCGCUAUCCAGGUCUUCCACCCUCACCGCCUGUAGCGAGUUCCAGUGUUUCUGCUAUUGAUGACGGGCCAUUCACUGGCCAUAACAAUCAUGGACAAGCGAUAAAACCUUUAGGAGUUGAUGUUCCCAAGAGGAAGAGAGAAGGGCCUACACGAAGCAUGAUAGCUGUGAUUAUUCUGUCAUCCUUUUCAGCCUUUGUUGUAUGCUUGGGGAUCAUUUGGCUUUUUCUUUGGAAAUGGGGCGCUUGUGUCAAUGAACCGGAACAUAAACGGCAAACUACAACGUUUUCUCCACCACCACCGUCAGGGUCUACUAGAGCUGUGAUGCAAGGAAGCAAGUCCAGUGCUGCAUCAAUGUCUAUUAGUUCCGGUGGGAUGACAUAUACAGGAUUGGCAAAGAACUUCACCUUAAAUGAUAUAGAAAGAGCGACAAAUAGCUUUGAUGCUUCACGGGUGAUUGGCGAAGGGGGUUUCGGCAUUGUCUAUAGAGGCAGUUUAGAUGAUGGAGCUGCGGUGGCUGUUAAAGUUCUGAAGAGGGAGGACCAACAUGGGGGACAAGAAUUCUUGGCAGAAGUGGAGAUGCUUAGCCGCCUGCACCACAGAAAUCUGGUUAAACUGAUUGGUAUUUGCACUGAGGACAAUACGCGUUGUCUCAUCUAUGAACUUGUUCCAAAUGGAAGUCUUGAAUCCCAUUUGCAUGGAGUUGAGAAGGAAACUGAUCCACUCGACUGGGGUGCUCGAAUGAAGAUUGCGCUCGGUGCAGCUCGAGGUUUAGCUUAUUUACAUGAAGACUCCAGCCCCCGUGUUAUACACCGAGACUUCAAGUCCAGCAACAUCUUGCUGGAACAUGAUUUUACACCAAAAGUUUCGGAUUUUGGAUUGGCUAGAACCGCAAUAGAUGAAGGGAACAAAUACAUCUCAACACAUGUGAUGGGAACCUUUGGUUACUUGGCUCCGGAGUAUGCAAUGACCGGUCACCUUCUUGUCAAAAGUGACGUUUACAGUUAUGGGGUGGUUCUACUUGAGCUCUUAACAGGGAGGAAACCUGUGGACUUGUUACAGCCCCCGGGUCAAGAAAAUCUCGUUGCAUGGGCUCGUCCACUCCUUACAGACAAGGAAGGUCUGGAAAUGGUCAUCGAUCCAGCCAUAAAAUCUGAUAUCUCACUUGAUAGCAUAGCAAAGGUAGCGGCAAUUGCAUCAAUGUGCGUGCAGCCGGAAGUAUCUCAUCGGCCAUUCAUGGGUGAAGUUGUUCAAGCAUUAAAACUAGUAUGUAAUGAAUUUGAUGAGAGAAUGGAGGUAGAAUCAAAAGCUGGCAUCCAGGAGGACUUCCCUAAAACUGUAGAUAGUAAACUUAGUAGACUUUCAAGUGAGCCUGUGGAAGCUUCAGAUACCUAUCACCCAAUACCUGGCUAUGAUUAUAGCCAUGAGAGCAAUAUACCAUUGUCUUCAUCGGAUCUUUUAAGUAUCCCACCGGGACCUGAGCUGCAGGAGCCUGGGUCAUUUAGGAGGCACUCGUGUUCGGCCCCCCUAGGAACAGGAAGGAGAAGACAUUUCUUGCAGAGAAUAAGAAGUUUAUCGAGAGGCAGCCGAAGUGAACACGGAUUUUCUGUCAAAUUCUGGCGAGGGUCUCGUUAAAAUUUUGCUAAAACUGUUUUCAUUGAAGUUGCAAUAAUUUCCAUGGGAAAUUAGAGUUUGUUUUCUUGAGUAAGAACAGGGAAAUUUACAGAAUCCAGACUGAUGCUUUAUUCUCUUACAUGCAUGCACCAGAUGAAAAGUUGUGAAUUUUGUUCUUUUUUCUCUUGAUAUAGUAUGUCAGUUAUGGUUUCCAUCAA